AUAACAUUUCUGAACAAAUCAAUCUCGUUUACAGGGUCAUCAUGUAAUGAAGGACUAGGUAUGCAAAAUUAUUGGAUUCAAAACGCAGACAUCACUGCUUCGUCCAUUCGUGAUUUUUUCCAUGAUCCUGGAAAGGCUCGUCUCCAUGGAAACUCAGCUUGGAUGCCAUCAGCUCAAAAUGAAGAGCAGUUCUUGCAGAUUUACUUUAAAGGUGGAACCAAUGUUUCAGCGGUGGCCUUUCAGGGACAUCCGAACUACGAGUAUUGGGUUACGAGAUAUAAACUAUCAUUUAGCUUGGAUGGCAAGACUUGGGAGGAAUUAUCCGAGGUAAAUUGUGCUUUCUUGCAUUUUGUAGUGGGAGCUGAGAGCUUACGCUGCUUUUUUACCGUGUUUUAUUUAUUUUGUUCUCCAGACGAUAGAAAGUAAUUUUUCACACCGGCUUACGUGAACUGAAAUAUAAUCAUAAAAGUAGUAGCGUUUCCUAUCUUUGUUGGCCAAUUUCAGAGAAGGACUUUGAACACUCCUUACGAAAGUUGUGAAUCUAACGCCUAAAAUGAAAAACCUUGUGACUUUUCAUUUUACAGAACCCUUUUUCCUACAGGUUUUUACUCUGGUUAGGGAUAACAAAGAUGAAGUUAUUACUUCCCAACUCCCAGAACUGAAAAACGUGCGUUUCGUGCGGGUAUAUCCUACAGAGUGGUACGGUGCUAUAGCAAUUAGAAUGGAGAUUUAUGGAUGUAUGAAAGGUGGGCUAUUUUCAGUUGUUGUAUCCCAUAAAACGUCUUACCAAUUUACUCUUGUGGGUGGUUUAUUGUUAUAGCAUAUAUAAAAAAACUUUAGCAUCCUCCUUACCGAUCGCAAGAAACAUACCGUAAAAUGUGGCUUGUAAGGCUUCAAUACAAGCUAGGGGGGGCUCGUGUCCAGGAGACUUUAAAUCCCAUGGUUUUGCUUACAGAUAGAUUAGCUUAUAGCUGUUGAGGGAAGCUUAUAAACGGCAGUUUAUAGUAUAAUGAAGGUACACAUAAGGCAAUUUUUACUUAGCCGAAAUAUAAUAAAAACAAGGCGCAACGGAGGCAACGCUCACAUGACCAUCUUCCCUCAUUAUUAUGAACCGUUUUCUUUGGCAAUCCAUACAUGAAUUAUAGGUCAAAACAGUUGGAAUCUCUUUUUUGGAAAGUUUAUCUUUUCUCUCAUUUGUCUUUCUAUCCUAGAAUUUGCUAACUGUGGAAACCGCGUUCUUACGAACCAUCAUUCACGUCAAAAGCGCAUUGUUGGCGGCAAAAUUGCGGAGCCAAAUUCUUGGCCAUGGCAAGUUGAAAUUAUAGAAAAUGGUACCAAGCAUUUCUGCGGUGGUUCCAUCAUACAUCCACAAUGGAUUCUGACAGCUGCACAUUGUGCAGACCCAUUCUAUAGUACUACAGUCAAGGAAAUAAGACUUGGAGAACACAACCGAGUAAAACUCGAAGGAUACGAAGAAAUUAUGGAAGGUAACAGAUAUUAUAUACAUCCAGGAUUUAAGAUCGACCGCCCGACGGCAGAGUCCCCAGGGGAUUAUGAUGUGGCACUGUAUCAUUUAAAAAGACCCGCUACAUUUUACAGUAAAGUAAGCCCAGUCUGUCUGCCUGAUGAGGACUCAACUGUCCCUGAAGAUAUCGGUCGAAUGUGCUUUGUUACGGGCUGGGGACACAGCAUGGAAAAUGGAACUUAUUCUGAAGUUCUACAAGAGAACCAGGUACCUAUAGUAUCACGACAGGAGUGCAACAAAGAAGAAUCAUACAACGGGAAAGUUCACGAACGUUACUUGUGCGCUGGAUACCAGGAGGGUGGGAUGGACGCCUGUCAGGGAGAUAGCGGGGGGCCCUUGGUGUGUCAAGAUAGCGCAGGAAAAUGGGUCCUUGCUGGAGUGGUGACGUGGGGGGAAGGAUGUGCAAGGCCGCAUAAAUAUGGGGUCUACGCUGAUGUACGUAGAUUUCUGCCAUUUAUAGAAAGCACCAUAUACGGUAAGAAAAUUAAAAAAUAAAUGGUUAAGUAGUUUUAAACUGCAAAAAUGAUUAAAGGUUUGGGACUAUGUUCUGAGCAAUUUGUCAGAGCAACUAAUCUAACUCAUUAGAAAACAGAACGGAAUCUUCACUCUUUUAACUCCCCAGUUUUCAAAAUUUACAUUCGAAUUAACUUCCAUAUAAAACGACAGAACGUUAAACACCUGCACUUUAUUGAAAUUACCAGUCAGUGUAACUUGGGCUCGUCACGAGGCAAUGGCCCUAAAACAGUAAUAACAUGUUCUAAACUUUCUUUACCCCGCUUCAAAGACAAAUGCCAUAGUUUAAUCAAUCUGACCUUGCUUUCUACGAACUCUUCGUGUCUUUCUCACGCAGGUCUAGCUCACUACUAAUUUAGUUAUAAUUAUGCAAAUUCCAAAAAAGGUUACCCAAAAUGCGGAAUUCGCCCUGUUCAGUCUCAGAUCUCCCGCAUCAUUGGUGGUCGCGAGGCUCGUCCCAACUCUUGGCCGUGGCAAGUGGAUCUCUUGGUCAAUGGCACUGCUCACUUAUGUGGAGGUUCUCUGAUUGGUUCAUCCUGGGUUGUGACGUCAGGGCACUGUUUCUUCUUAUAUGACAAACCAAGUCAGUGGCAAAUCAGGGUUGGAGAACACAAUGAAUCCAAAUUCGAGGGCUAUGAAGAAAAGAUUGACAUCGCGAACAUAACAAUUCAUCCAGGAUUUCAACUCGGCAGCAAAAAUUACACGGGUGAUUACGAUAUUGCGAUCAUUAAACUCAAGAGACCAGCGGUGUUCCACAAAAGAGUUCAUUCCAUUUGUCUUCCGGAUAUGAAAACUAGUUUCUCAGCUGGUAAAACCUGUUUUGCCACCGGAUGGGGAAAACAACAGGAGAAUGCUUCGGCUUAUUCGGAAGUUCUUCGAGAAGUGGAAGUUAACCUGGUGUCCAAAGAAGUCUGUAACAGCAAUAUUUCCUACAGGGGCGGGAUAAACGAGAGAUAUUUUUGCGCCGGCUUUCCGGAGGGUGGUAAAGACGCGUGUUAUGGUGAUAGUGGUGGUCCCCUGGCCUGUCAGAAAGAGGACGGUAGUUUUGUUCUGACGGGAGUGGUCAGCUGGGGUACAGGUUGUGCUAGAGCCAACAAGUAUGGGGUGUACUUGGAUGUACGAUACAUGCUGCCAUUCAUUGAGAAUACUUUAUAUGGUAAGUCUCAACAAGUCAUCUGUGUUUUUUUAAAUUCACAUUGAUGAGUUUCUUUUUCUUGGCGUUUCCUCUUUUGUAAGUGCGCCGAAAGGGAAGCAAAUAUUUACGCACGUUAGUGGUUGUUCUAGACACCAUCAGGAGCCGAUUGCUCCUGACACCAUCCUUAAAUAAAAAGCAAGUCUACGGUCGAUCAGUUUCAUCAAGAGGUAAAGCAGGUAUAACUGAAUGAAGUAAUGGUAUUUGAAUUAUUAAAACAAUACCAGUUUCAGCACUGAAGGACCCGUACCAGCUCUUCGGUAUGGCCUGUACUUUACGCAUGGGGCGAUCCCGCACCUAUUUGAAAGAUUGUUUUUGAUAAGCUGGCAAAACAAUAGGGAUUGUCACAUAACAAUGCCCCUAUCCCUGAAAACAAUGGAAGUGCAGAUUAAAGGGGACCAGUGAAAUAAGAGGUUUAGAACGGUGCAGGUCUACUGUAUACAUGAACACAACCAUACUGAUGAUCGCAAGUGAAACCCCUCGCCUGGGCCAUGAUGAUGAGUCCUUCAUGAGGACGAAACAGCUGCCCAUGGCUGCCACUGCCAGCGUGAUAUGAUCGUGCUCAUGCGGAAGGUACUGGCCAUACUGCGGAGUUGGUACGUGUGCUUCAGUGCUGAAGUUGGUAUUAUUUGGGUUAUUAUCCUACAUAAUGAAGUGCAAAUAAAAGCCAAACAGGACGUUGAUCACAAACCAAGUACAAGCUCACUAGUUCAUCUGACUAUAAUAGAAUCUGUACUUUAGAAAAUACUGCAAUACAGUACAAGCAUUCAAGCCAUGUUCUCAUUCCAGUGUUUUAUCUAACGAUGAGAUUAACUUUGAAAACUGUUCGCGGUUUUUGCCAGACGCAAGCUAGGACAAACCAAAACAAAGCGCAAGAAAACAGAGAAUUCAAAUUAUGUUUUCACUGCAUUGUAUACUUGCUCAUGUUAGGUCAUCCUUCAUGUGGAAUUCGCCCCGUUCAGUCCCAGAUCUCUCGCAUUAUUGGUGGUCGCGAGGCUCGUCCCAACUCUUGGCCGUGGCAAGUGGAUCUCUUGGUCAAUGGCACUGCUCACUUAUGUGGAGGUUCUCUGAUUGGUUCAUCCUGGGUUGUGACGUCAGGGCACUGUUUCUUCUUAUAUGACAAACCAAGUCAGUGGCAAAUCAGGGUUGGAGAACACAAUGAAUCCAAAUUCGAGGGCUAUGAAGAAAAGAUUGACAUCGCGAACAUAACAAUUCAUCCAGGAUUUCAACUCGGCAGCAAAAAUUACACGGGUGAUUACGAUAUUGCGAUCAUUAAACUCAAGAGACCAGCGGUGUUCCACAAAAGAGUUCAUUCCAUUUGUCUUCCGGAUAUGAAAACUAGUUUCUCAGCUGGUAAAACCUGUUUUGCCACCGGAUGGGGAAAACAACAGGAGAAUGCUUCGGCUUAUUCGGAAGUUCUUCGAGAAGUGGAAGUUAACCUGGUGUCCAAAGAAGUCUGUAACAGCAAUAUUUCCUACAGGGGCGGGAUAAACGAGAGAUAUUUUUGCGCCGGCUUUCCGGAGGGUGGUAAAGACGCGUGUUAUGGUGAUAGUGGUGGUCCCCUGGCCUGUCAGAAAGAGGACGGUAGUUUUGUUCUGACGGGAGUGGUCAGCUGGGGUACAGGUUGUGCUAGAGCCAACAAGUAUGGGGUGUACUUGGAUGUACGAUACAUGCUGCCAUUCAUUGAGAAUACUUUAUAUGGUAAGUCUCAACAAGUCAUCUGUGUUUUUUUAAAUUCACAUUGAUGAGUUUCUUUUUCUUGGCGUUUCCUCUUUUGUAAGUGCGCCGAAAGGGAAGCAAAUAUUUACGCACGUUAGUGGUUGUUCUAGACACCAUCAGGAGCCGAUUGCUCCUGACACCAUCCUUAAAUAAAAAGCAAGUCUACGGUCGAUCAGUUUCAUCAAGAGGUAAAGCAGGUAUAACUGAAUGAAGUAAUGGUAUUUGAAUUAUUAAAACAAUACCAGUUUCAGCACUGAAGGACCCGUACCAGCUCUUCGGUAUGGCCUGUACUUUACGCAUGGGGCGAUCCCGCACCUAUUUGAAAGAUUGUUUUCGAUAAGCUGGCAAAACAAUAGGGAUUGUCACAUAACAAUGCCCCUAUCCCUGAAAACAAUGGAAGUGCAGAUUAAAGGGGACCAGUGAAAUAAGAGGUUUAGAACGGUGCAGGUCUACUGUAUACAUGAACACAACCAUACUGAUGAUCGCAAGUGAAACCCCUCGCCUGGGCCAUGAUGAUGAGUCCUUCAUGAGGACGAAACAGCUGCCCAUGGCUGCCACUGCCAGCGUGAUAUGAUCGUGCUCAUGCGCAAGGUACAGGCCAUACUGCGGAGUUGGUACGUGUGCUUCAGUGCUGAAGUUGGUAUUAUUUGGGUUAUUAUCCUACAUAAUGAAGUGCAAAUAAAAGCCAAACAGGACGUUGAUCACAAACCAAGUACAAGCUCACUAGUUCAUCUGACUAUAAUAGAAUCUGUACUUUAGAAAAUACUGCAAUACAGUACAAGCAUUCAAGCCAUGUUCUCAUUCCAGUGUUUUAUCUAACGAUGAGAUUAACUUUGAAAACUGUUCGCGGUUUUUGCCAGACGCAAGCUAGGACAAACCAAAACAAAGCGCAAGAAAACAGAGAAUUCAAAUUAUGUUUUCACUGCAUUGUAUACUUGCUCAUGUUAGGUCAUCCUUCAUGUGGAAUUCGCCCCGUUCAGUCCCAGAUCUCUCGCAUUAUUGGUGGUCGCGAGGCUCGUCCCAACUCUUGGCCGUGGCAAGUGGAUCUCUUGGUCAAUGGCACUGCUCACUUAUGUGGAGGUUCUCUGAUUGGUUCAUCCUGGGUUGUGACGUCAGGGCACUGUUUCUUCUUAUAUGACAAACCAAGUCAGUGGCAAAUCAGGGUUGGAGAACACAAUGAAUCCAAAUUCGAGGGCUAUGAAGAAAAGAUUGACAUCGCGAACAUAACAAUUCAUCCAGGAUUUCAACUCGGCAGCAAAAAUUACACGGGUGAUUACGAUAUUGCGAUCAUUAAACUCAAGAGACCAGCGGUGUUCCACAAAAGAGUUCAUUCCAUUUGUCUUCCGGAUAUGAAAACUAGUUUCUCAGCUGGUAAAACCUGUUUUGCCACCGGAUGGGGAAAACAACAGGAGAAUGCUUCGGCUUAUUCGGAAGUUCUUCGAGAAGUGGAAGUUAACCUGGUGUCCAAAGAAGUCUGUAACAGCAAUAUUUCCUACAGGGGCGGGAUAAACGAGAGAUAUUUUUGCGCCGGCUUUCCGGAGGGUGGUAAAGACGCGUGUUAUGGUGAUAGUGGUGGUCCCCUGGCCUGUCAGAAAGAGGACGGUAGUUUUGUUCUGACGGGAGUGGUCAGCUGGGGUACAGGUUGUGCUAGAGCCAACAAGUAUGGGGUGUACUUGGAUGUACGAUACAUGCUGCCAUUCAUUGAGAAUACUUUAUAUGGUAAGUCUCAACAAGUCAUCUGUGUUUUUUUAAAUUCACAUUGA